GGGCUCUUAGCUGCAGGAAUGGUUACGCCCAGAUUGGCUGGUACCAACUCAGCUCUGGCAAACACCAAGAGGACGGAUGUUAAUACAAGGGAGCAUAACCUGGGCCCCUCCUCUGAUGAGAUGGGGAAACUGAGGCCCAGAGCGGCGCGUGACCCGCACAAGGUCACACAGCAAUCCUGGCCGGAGCUGGCGGGGGCUAACAGCAUGUCCCCUCCGAGGGCAGCUACGGACCUAAGCACAAGCCCCUGCCUCUUUCGGGCCUCGACUCUGGUUCUGACACGGGCCCGGAAGAAGGGAGCCCAGGAAGGUCCUAGGAAUCUGCGCGAGGAUCUGGCCUCCCCAGGCUUUCAAGGGUCCCUCACCCGACUCCUCGUCCUUCUUGUCGAAUUUCUUCAACAUGGUGCCAGCGGAAGCUCCACGCAGCAGGGAGAUGCUCAGAGUAGCGGGGUGAGCAGCUUCUCCCAGCGGCUUCCGUACUCCCGCCCGCCACGUCGCCCUGAGCGCUGCGCUGUGGACGGCGCCUGCGCACUCUGUGCUUUGCGCCUGCGCACAACCGCGCCCACCGUACUUUCUGCUCCCGGACACGGAGACAACCGAGACCUAGACUUUGCUGCAUUUGGUUAGCUGUGGGAGGAUCAGCAUCACCUUGCUGCUGCUUUUGGAGUGUUUAACUGCUUCUUCCUGUGUGCUCAAGGGAACUCGAGUGAAACGAAGGUCCACACGGCUCCACGAUGGUAACACAGGUCAUAGACGGCGUUGGGUUGGCAGAGUACAGCGACUGGCAGAGACUGAGGCUGGGUGCUGCAUCUGGCCCCAAGUAGGGCUUUGAGUUGGCACACCCGAACAACUACCCCAUCUAUGAGCUGCUGGAGCUCAUGAAAGGGCAGAUCCUGCAGAACCAAAGCUGCAGGAUCCCUAUGGCUCAGGGCAGCAGCAGGAUUUCUGAGAGGAAUCUCCGUGAGGGUUCAGUAUCAUCGGUGUAGGAGAAGAGAGAGGACUGGAACCACACCAAUGACUCAUAGCGAUGAACCUUUGCAAGCAAAGCUGGUUGGACAAUAGGGUGGACGAGGUGACACACCAUGACACACUGCAGCUUCCACAGUGAGACUUUGUUCUGUUUUCUUUUGUGUUUGUGGGAGGGAGGUUGGGGGGGUUAAAAAGUUGGAGGGCAGAUAUGGAAGGAUUGGGAAAUGAGUGGGAUUGGGGUGCAUGAUGCAAAAUUCACAAAGAAUCAAUAAAAAACGGGGAAAACUUCAAUUGGCAGACUAGACAUUUUAUAACUCGAGGGAUCUUGGACUAAUUGAUGAUACUUCUGCUUUUAUUAACAUUUUAAUGCUAUAAAAUACUAUGUGAAUCUCUAGAUUCUCUAGAUUAUGACAUUAUACAGUCUGUAUUAGACAUGCUGGGGUUUUUUUCCAAUGUUUUUCUUCUUAAGAUUUAGUUUUUUAAAUGUAUUUUUGCCCUGAAGUACAUGUUAAUUUGAUGUGAAGUCUGCUUUUAAAAAUCAUCACUUAAUUUUCUAAUAUAGUAAAAGUUAAGCUUGUAAAAAAGUUUUUUAAAGAAGGAAAUUUGUGAAAUAUAUGUCUUUCAUUUUUAAGAUUUA